AUGAAUGAUGCCCCUUUUCGACCUUUGGAGGUCGACGUGGUCGACCGUAAUAACUGUAUUUGUGAGGAUACAACAGGGCGCGCCAGUUUCCUUAGUGCGUUUGAAUGCGACUCCCCUAAUGCCUCUCAUUCAAAUUCGACCGGUAGUUUGAGUGGACAUGAUCGAAAUUUUGGAAUUAAUGGAACACAAACAAGAGGCAAGGUUUACUCGUUGAGUGAACACUUACCACCCGGGUGCUUACUCAAUGGCCAGGCGGUCCUUCCUGUACAAACUCCUUUACUUGGUAGGGAUUCUAUCCCACCGACCUCCCAGCGCACAGUGCAGACAAAAGAGCCAGAUACAUGCUUUUGUGGUCCAGGACGUAAGCGUUAUGUGAUUGCAUUCCUAUGUUGUGCCUGUUUGACCAUCGUUAUCGGAAUGCGAUCAGAAAUGCUGGGGAUUAUUACAAAUUUGAACAACACCAACUCUGUGAACGUGCCAUUAACCCACUUUGACGGUGAUCUAGUUGAAAAGGAAUUGUUUGGAAAUGAACCUACUAGUCUUACACGCUUCCGCUUGCCGGACUCCUCCGUAAAAGUUGCCCCAUCACACUCUGAUGAGUCACUGCAUAACCAGGAUGGAUUACAUAUUGUGGCGGGAUUGAGUAACUCGCCUAAACGUCAGCCAGCGUCGUUAAUUUUCAAACCAUCUGAACAUCGUCAAAUGCCCUGGACAACGACAAUUAAGAACGAUAUUGUUGAGAAUGCAGUCUUUUUUGCUUACCUGAUUACUAGCCCUAUUGGAGGGUAUUUGACAGUGAAUCAUGAUUCGUCAUUUUUACUUGGCUGCUCUGUAGCAAUGACUUGUGGAAUGAAUUUAUUUUUGCCUUUAGUCGAGACCAUUGGAAGCAAUGUGAACGCGAAGUUCAUCAUGGUGGUUUUGCUGAGAAUAUUGCAGGGAUUGGCCGAAGGAUGUCUAAUACCGGCUGUGUUUGGAGUGCUUCGAUUCUGGGCUCCAGAAGCCGAGAGAUCCACCCUCGUUUGUGUUGCCGUAAUUGGCGUCUCCCUCGGACCGCUAAUUGGCCUACCAGUGUGUGCUGAAAUCGAGAAGAAAUGGGGGUGGGGUGUUGUAUUCUACAUUUAUGCAAACCUGGGUUUAAUUUGGUGUAUAUUCUGGUGGAGAUUAAUCGACGAGAAGCCAGCAAGAGAUGAAAAACUGGGAAAAAGGGAGCGCGCUUAUUUGCAUUCAAACAUAUCCAGUAGAGUACUGAAUAGCACAAGACAAACCAACAUACCUUGGCAGGCCAUCUUUCGGUCCAGGCCAAUAUUUGCUAUAUUCGUGACAUACGCAGCAGAUGACUGGACAUUCCAGAUUUCAUCCGUUUGCAUGCAAUCUUUCUAUCAACAAAUCUACCAUGUGGAUGUGGGAAAAACGAUAUUCCUAUUAUCAUUCCCUUUCUUAUCAAGAUCAAUAUUUGUGCCAAUCGGUUUUUCCGGUCUGGCGGUUGCUGGUUAUGCAGUAAAUGUUAUCGAUUUGGCACCGAAUUUCUCCGGGUUAGUCAUGGGAUUCGCAAACAGCGUCAGCACAUUUACGGGUAUCCUGUCUACUCUGAUAGCAACGGUGGUCGUCCAUAAAUUUGGAUUGGAGAUUCACAAUGGCUGGAGGGUGGCUCUUGGCUUGGCUGCAUUGAGCCAAUUUUGUGCAGUGGUCUUCUAUUUGUUGUUCGCCUCAGGCGAGGAGCAACCCUGGGCCUAUGCUGACAGGAACUUGAAAUCGGAAAACGUCAUAGCGAGUAGAGAUCGAGUUGAGUUACUUGAAGCAAACAUCUGA